GCGUACAUUUUGGACUAGAGUGAAGGAAGAGAGUCACUCACCGGGCGCCGCCGGUUGGACAGAAUAGGUUGCCGACUUCUGGAAAGGGCAAAGAAGAGAGGAAAGGAAAGUGGAGAGGGAAGAAGUGGGUCCCACAACCGCCUUUUCCCGAGUAAAUGUAUUUUUUUUUUUUUUUUUCUUUUUUGUUGGUUUAAGAUCAAAUCUAAGUGAGAGUCAGAGGAGAGAACAGAGAGAGAGAGAGAGUCACGCGGGAUACACAAAGUGUGAUUUGCAAUAAUUUAAGAUCGGAAAGACGAAGACGAAGAAGAAGAAGAAGAAGAAGAAGAAGACGACGAGGAAGACGAAGAAUAUAAGCAGAUAGACAAUACAACACACUCGGUUCGUUAAGUUUUAAUUUUCCCCUUUCAAAUAUUCCAAUCAACGCUCUGUUUCUUCUGUUAUCCAUUAUUAAGUAAGUCCCCCUCUUCCCAUUCUUUCUUAUAGCAGCAACUCAUUCAUAAUUUGAUUGUGAUUAUACCCUCAUCGUUAACAGAUCUCUCGAUGGCCCAGAUUUUGAUUUCUUGAUUUCGACGGUUUCUUCAAUCGUGAUUCGAAUUUUCUGGGUUUUCUUUUUUUCUCUAGAUUUUGAGAUCCUUUUUCUUUUACUAUUUGAUUUCGAGGAAAGGGUUGCACUCGGAAGCUUAUCGUUUCAUCCUCUCUGUUCCUCUGUUUUUAUUUUCCUCUCUCUUCAAAUUUUGGUGGCGUUUUGGUUUGUAGGGCGAGUUUUGCGACAUUGUGUUGUUAAUUAUAUUAAUUUUAAGCUCGGAAUUGAGAAGAUUGGGUGGGCGAAUUGAGUGCGAUAAAUUUAGAAUUGUUUAUUAUUUAUUACUUGAAAAGUUUGUGGAAUAGCAAUAGCAAUAGCAAAAGCUCGGGGUUCUGGGUUAUUUCACGAUUUGGUGAUGGAAAAGUCAGGUUUCUAAAUCUGUGGCUUUCAUCUUUUUAUAUUAAAAAAUUUAUAGUUUUGGUAAAAAAGCUGCAUUGGGUUUUGAUUAUAUUAGCUGCUGGUUCUACCCCCCCACCCCCCCAAGUUUUUUUUAGUGGAACCUGGGCUUUGAUUUUUGAUUCUUUCUAGCUGUGGGAUUCUCUUAUUUUUAUUUUUUUUUUUUGACUAGGAAAGAGAAGGAAGAACACAUCGGAUCGGAUUGGAACUCUGAAAUUUCGCCUUCCUUUUUAUUUGUUGCAUCUGAGAGCGAUAUGUUGGAGGAUCGCUCCUUUCUAGCGUCCAGGGUGUUCUCAAGCUCUUGCCACCACCAAACUCAGUUGGCUUGCUUUAACUUAACGUGUCGACUCGAGGUUGGAAUGGGAAAUGCCAAACGCCCCCCAUCAGAUCAUGAUGCCCAUUCACUUCUUCCAUCCUCCACUUCUUCUCAUAGAAACGUCAGGCCUCGAUCUUCCUCGGAUCAUUCAAAUCACGACUCCCAUUCCGGCAACACUUCUGAUUCCGCCACUCUCUUCUCUUCCAUUGAUCGGGACAACUCUAUUAACUGCUUAAUUCGCUGCUCUCGCUCUGAUUAUGGUUCUAUUGCGUCCUUGAGUCGAAGUUUCCGUUCCUUAAUUCGUAGUGGGGAGCUCUACAAGCUGAGGCGUUUCAACCAUGUGAUUGAACACUGGGUUUACUUCUCUUGCCAUCUUCUCGAGUGGGAGGCUUUUGAUCCAAUUCAGCGUAGAUGGAUGCAUUUGCCCAGGAUGGAUUCUAAUGAAUGUUUCAUGUGCUCGGAUAAGGAAUCCUUAGGAGUGGGGACUGAUCUUCUUGUUUUUGGUAAGGAUUUAAAUUCCCAUGUCACAUAUAGAUAUAGUAUAUUGACAAAUUCGUGGUGUCCUGGAGUGAGUAUGAAUGAUCCCAGAUGCUUGUUUGGGUCUGCUAGUCUAGGGGAGAUAGCGAUUUUAGCUGGUGGGUGUGAUUCCAAAGGCAACAUCCUUAACACUGCGGAGCUCUACAAUUCCGAGACUGAAACAUGGGUGACCCUUCCCAAUAUGACCAAGCCAAGGAAGCUGUGUUCUGGAGUGUUCAUGGACGAUAAAUUCUAUGUGAUUGGGGGAGUUGGAGGAAGUGAGGGGAAGGUUCUUACAUGUGGGGAAGAGUACGAUUUAGAAAGUGGGAAGUGGACUGAAAUUCCCAACAUGUCACCUGGGCGGAGUGCUGCAGUUAGGGAUAGUGAAAGUGCGGCAGCUGAAGCGCCCCCUCUACUUGCGGUGGUGAACAACGAGCUGUAUGCUGCAGACCACACUGACAUGGAGGUGAGGAAAUACGACAAGGAGAAGAGAGUAUGGUCUACCGUAGGGAGGUUGCCUGAACGAGCAGUUUCAACAAAUGGUUGGGGGCUUGCGUUCAGAGCCUGUGGAGAUAGGCUAAUAGUGAUUGGUGGACCAAGGGUUGUAGGGGAAGGGUAUAUAGAGCUGAAUUCAUGGGUUCCAAGUGAAGGCCCUCCAAGGUGGGAUUUGCUUGCAAGGAAGCGAUCUGCUAAUUUUGUGUAUAACUGCGCUGUGAUGGGAUGCUGAAACUAAGAAACCUGUUGUUGUGCUUAUGCUCUGCUGCAUUGGUGGCGGUGUUGGCUUGAAUUCAGUUCCAGACGGGUCUGUUUUGUUUGUUGUUCUACACAUGAUUCUGGGUCAUCAGUUAUUUCCCAUACUCUCUUCACAUAUUUUGAAGCAUUGCGCAGGGAGGCGUGGGGAGGAAUUGAUUUUACUUGAGAUUUUAUAGAAAAUGUUCCAUGGAAGGAGAUCUUAAAAGAAGAAGAAGAAGAAGAAGAAAAAAGAAUAUAUAUAUAACAUUUAUUCUCUCUGGAGACUCAAUUUUUAUUGAAAUGCCAUCCCCUCACCCUCACCCUCACCCCAAUAAUUUGGGUUCAGAUAUUUGAAAGAUUAAUAAUUUGAGUAGUAGAACAGAGAGAGAUUGGUAGCUGACUCAAACACUAGCAUUGGAGAACUGAAAUAAGUUAUAAUGGAAAAUGAUGGGUAAAC